UGAGAUGGCAAUGCAAAGGCUUAAUGCUGUUAUUUUGAUUUUCAAUUUUUUACUUUCAUUUUUUAUUUAAAUUAAUUAAUUACUACUAUAAUUAUCUUGUCCUCAUAGUUUCUUAUAUUUCCAUUAAGAUUUUCUAGGGCAGUUGCAGAAAUUAUUGAGUUUUAAAACAUGUGCGUUCUUGAAAAGUUCUUUCAAUUGCAGAAAACGUGACAGCCCUGCAACCCGUAAAAGAAGGAAAGGGGCCUUUUAUAUUUGCUGUACGGCAAGCUACAAAGACCAGAAAGGUUUAACAUUCCAUGCGCUUUCCAAGCUGUGGCUUAAUCAAGCCCGGUGCGAUUGAUAAUGCUGACAAUAUAGUUUGCUAGCAUCUCAGGUUUACAAGGACCACGAUCAAAUUGCCGUGAGAGUUUCAGCUUCUUUAUGGGAUUUUAUUUUUUAGAGGUUGAUAGUGACAGUUUGAUUUCUUGCCACAGGAGAUUCAUAUACUAGCCUCCAGUACAUAUUUAGAAUUUCUAAGCAAUCCAAUGGAUAUAAUAUAGUAGCUACCACAAGUCUGCACUCAUCAAUGAAUAACAAGGAUACAUUAGAGCUGUCUACCGCAAAAUGGUGCAACUGAACACGGCUGCAGUAAUGCGGCAGAGCAUGGAGGCCUCCAAGGCAGGACACAUGCUCAUGAGCCUGGCACUAUUACCCAGUGCAAAAAUUCAAACUGGACUAGAUGUUAUAAAAGUGUACAUCGGAGCACAUAAUCUCGAGGAGGAAUUCCGAGUUAUUCUUGAAUACAUGGAGAAUUUUUGGAUUGGCUUUAUUGGAGUGAAUGGGAUGAGUGUGGCUGAUAAGCCGCACCGCACAAACAAUGCCCUGGAGGGGUUCUACUCCAGAUUGUUGGAGUUGGCGGGGGCCCAUCCAGGGGUCUGGAAGUUCCAUGAAAACGUGACAGCCCUGCAACCCUUGAAAGAAGGAAGGGGGCCUUUCAAAUUGCAAGGUUGCAAGGACCACGAACAAAUGGCCGUGCGAGUUUCAGCUUCAUCAUGGAACUAUUUUUUCCAGAGAUGAAGGUGUGUGAGAAGUUGCCGAGCCCUAUGCCAACCAACUACAGGUGGGCGGCAAUCCAAUUGACCCCCAACCAAUAUAUGGGUUCGGCGAAGGUCUACAAACAGAAGCGUUCGGUCUGUGCUCGAGGCAUGGAGAGGGAGAAUUCCAUAUUUGCUGACAUAGGUUGCCAAGGAAGAAUUUCAGAUGGCGGUGUGCUUAGUGGAAGUAGUUUAGUUUAGUUUAAUAAUCCAAAAAAAAUAAAUAAUGCAAUAAACAAGCAUAAAAUUCUCUCAUAAGACACUGAAUUAUUAUUGAUGGAAAUAUUAGUUAGUAGUAGUUGAAUUCAUAGUUGUAGUUUAAACAUAGGCUAAGUGUAAAUAAAAGUAUGUAUUCUAUAUUU